AUGACGCUCUCUCGCCUCCUGCUCCGAGGCAACCCCAGCCAGGCGCUUCGAGCCGCGGCCGCGCCUGGCCUUGCGCUGAGCUUCUCCCACUCAGCCCGCCAGUUUUCAGCGGACGUCGGUAAGAAGGACGAGAGUACGGGAAACGAGAACAAGAAGGAGGACAGCCCUCCUCCUUACACUCAUCGUGGCUCUGCGAUCAACUUCAACUGGGGCCGCGAGAAGAAGGAGAGAACCGGCCCGACUCUGUCGGCGGACAACUGGGAGGAGCACCCCGAUGCGAAGAUUGAGGAUUUCGAGGAACUUCCCUACAAGGAGUUCGGCAUCAACCAGCACAUGGAGGUCAAUGCCGAGUUCAAAAAGGUACUGACCGAGGUUGUCCGGGAAUUCCGCGCUCCCAUCAUGUACGCCAUGGCAUACGGCUCCGGCGUCUUCCCCCAAUCAAAGGCAAGCCGGACUGUGUCGGACGAGGACUUCCGUGCCGUGCACCCCAAGCCGUCUCCUUCGUUGAUGGAAGUUCAAAAGGGCGGCCCAAAGAUGAUCGACUUCAUCUUCGGCGUCACUCACACCCAGCACUGGCACUCACUCAACAUAAGACAGCACCGUGACCAUUACUCUGGCUUGGCCAGUUUCGGUUCGGGCCUCGUGUCUACCUUCCAGGAUCGCUGGGGUGCCGGCGUCUACUUUAACCCCUACGUCACCAAAAAGGGCAUGCUCAUCAAGUACGGCGUCACGUCGAUUGACAACCUCUGCACCGACCUCUCCACAUGGAAUAACCUGUAUCUCGCGGGCCGACUUCACAAGCCGGUUAAGAUCCUGCGUGAUCACCCCCGAGUCCGCCUUGCUAAUCAAGUUAACUUGAUCUCGGCAGUCCGCACGGCUCUCCUCCUUUUGCCCCCCAAGUUUACAGAGAAGGAGCUCUUCUCGACCAUUGCCGGCAUUUCGUACCUGGGCGACCCCCGCAUGUCUCUGCCUACCGAGAACAAGAGCAAGAUCUCCAACAUUGUGGAUAACAACAUGGUCUCCUUCCGCAAGCUUUACGGCCCGUUGCUCAACACCCUGCCCAACGUCGACUUCGCCGAGGGAGCCGACCAGCAGAGCAAGCACGCCGCUGACGCCGAGUACGACGGCGCCAUGUACCAAGACAUGGAUCCCAUCAAGCGCGGCAACAUGGUCCGCCGCUUGCCAAAGGCCUUCCGCUCACGCCUCUACUUCCAGUACCAGAAGAAGCUCAUGGUCCCGACCGCCGACUUCAAGGCCAUGAUGGACGCCUCCAAGGACGAGGACGCCGUGAGUUUCAAGCGCCGCGAGGGCGGCGGCUUCGAGCAGCGCAUCGUCCAAGACGACCCCGAGGAGCUGCAAAAGUCCAUCCGUAAGGUCAUUAGCCAGACCGUCAACUGGCCCGCGACGGCCCAGUCCAUCAAGAGCUUCUUUACCGCCGGCGUCGGCCGCUCCGUUCGAUACCUGUCAGAGAAGAUGGCCAAGUACAACGAGGGCAAAGCGAAGGCGAAGGCGAAGGCCGACGAGGAGAAGAAGCAGCCCGCCGAGGACGCGGAGAAGCCUAAGAAGGAGGAGUGA